AACAUAAUGGAGCGGCCCAUCGGCAAAAACCGGCUUCUUUCUCGCGCCGCUUUGAAGAGUGAAGAUCGUCGUCUAAACCCUAACACCGCAAAACUCUAACCAGAACCAGAGCUCGAGGCACGAUCUUCAAUGGUGGCAAAAUCUGAUUUCUUCGUAAGAAAAUGCUUGUUAGUACCAUUCACCACCUGCGCUCGUUAGUCAAAAUCAGUUCCCCCAAGAUCCAAACGCCAUGUCAAGAUUUUUGACGUCUGGAUAUAUUAGGAGAUUUGCACAUUCUGUUCUUAGAACCACAGGGCACAGCUGUACGGAAGCAGAGAAGUAUGGAGCAGUUGCAGUAGGGCUACAUCUGCCUCGGUACAGAUUUUACGUGCAUUAUAGAUUUUCGAGCGGAGCUCGUACCACACUCUCGUUGUAUAGUACCGCAAAGUGUUUGGGAAGGACAAGUUUUUCCAGGAAUUUCUCCUUGUUCUCAGCGAGCAGUUCGGUCACGCAUCAUGCCCAAAUUGUUUGGAAAAGGCUUGCUCAAAAGUGUCAUUCCAGGCCAUGUACUUUUUCCCCCAUAAAUAGGAUUGCUCAAGCAGUUAGCUUGGCUGCAAUGCGCUCUCAUUUCGUUGUUCCAGGUAUUUUUGCCUUCACUUUUGGACAGGUAGCAUGGGCACAGAGAUCAUUUACCGACAUAGAUCAUUACCCAUCAGAGAGUUUUUAUACGCGUGCCCAAGAUGGGCAUGCUCUAAUGGCAUCAUUAGUUUGGUCAAUAUUAGAAGGUCUAAUAUUAAUCUUCAGAGCUAUCUAUUUAACAGUUUUGUUUGCACCUAGCAUAAUGAUGGCACCGUUUGCAGAUAGUUUUGGACCUCAGUUCAGGAAACUUUGGCUUCAGGUUGUUCUUCGUACCUUGGAAAAAGCAGGUCCAGCAUUCAUUAAAUGGGGCCAAUGGGCUGCUACGCGGCCAGAUCUCUUCCCUAGAGAUUUAUGCGGCAAGCUUGCAGAGCUUCAUACAAAAGCUCCUGAACACAGCUUUGCUUACACAAAGAAAACCAUUGAAAGAGCAUUUGGCCGCAAGAUUUCUGAAAUUUUUGAGAAUUUUGAGGAGAUACCGGUUGCAUCUGGCAGUAUUGCCCAGGUGCAUAGAGCUUCUUUGAGAUUUCGCUACCCUGGUCAACAGGUGAAGCCCAUGGUAGUUGCUGUCAAGGUUAGACAUCCUGGUGUUGGUGAAUCAAUAAGAAGAGAUUUCAUGAUAAUCAAUUUUGUAGCUAAAGUUUCGAAGUUCAUCCCCACACUAAACUGGUUAAGAUUGGAUGAAAGUGUACAGCAGUUUGGAGUUUUUAUGAUGUCCCAAGUUGACCUUGCAAGAGAAGCUGCCCACUUGAGCCGCUUUAUUUAUAAUUUUCGGCGUUGGAAGGAUGUUUCCUUCCCUAAGCCUGUGUAUCCACUUGUGCAUCCAGCUGUUUUGGUGGAAACUUUUGAACACGGUGAAUGUGUCUCACACUAUGUGGAUGACCUUGAAGGCCAUACUCGGAUUAAAUCAGCACUUGCUCACAUUGGCACGCAUGCACUCUUGAAGAUGCUUCUGGUGGACAACUUUAUACAUGCAGACAUGCAUCCUGGAAAUAUCCUUGUCCGGGUAGCGCCAGGCAAGUCUACUCGGAAACGGCUUUUCAAAUCAAAGCCUCAUGUCAUUUUCCUUGAUGUAGGCAUGACUGCUGAACUCUCUGGAAGUGACCGAUUAAAUUUGGUGGAAUUUUUCAAGGCUGUUGCUCGUCGAGAUGGCCGCACUGCUGCUGAGUGCACACUUAGGUUGUCUAAGCAACAGAACUGCCCUAAUCCAAAGGCUUUCAUUGAGGAAGUAGAGGCAGCAUUCGACUUUUGGGGUACUCCAGAGGGGGAUCUAGUACAUCCUGCUGAGUGCAUGCAGCAAGUGCUUGAGAAAGUUAGGCGUCAUAGAGUCAACGUCGAUGGUAACGUAUGUACUGUCAUGGUGACAACCUUGGUUCUUGAGGGUUGGCAACGUAAACUCGAUCCUGGUUACGAUGUGAUGCACACACUGCAAACGCUGCUACUCAAAGCUGACUGGGCAAAGUCUCUUUCCUACACAAUCGAGGGGUUGAUGGCCCCAUGAGAUCUCGUCUGUUGAUAUUAUUAAAACAAUUUUGACACUUCUAGCUAAACGAAGAAUAUACAGGUCCUAAGGAAUAACAUUGACUGUCUUAGGCCUUCUUUUUCUUUUAUUCUUUUUUUUUUUUUUUUGGGUGAGAAUUUUCAGCUAUAUGUUAUAGUUGAAGGGAAAAUCCUUCUGUGUAUUUACCUAUUCAUUUUCCAGGAAGCAUUGUUGCGUCGUCGAGCGUCACAAAUCUCAAGCAGAAACAUGGAAAUGAACAGAGAAAUAAAAAUGUUGAUUCUAUUCUUUCAUUUUUUUUUUAA